AUUUACCGUUUUGCAGUAAUCGGCGAGGUACCAACGAGCUCGUGCUCUCACGAUCAUCUGCUUGAUUCUCCGUCUCAAGAAAUACUGCAUACAAGUGAAGCGGGAGCUCAACGGAGUUGAGGACUUUUGCCUUUAGCAUGGCCUGACGCCGCUCAGUCCCAGACGCUCUCUUCAACAACCCGAGAUCCGUGCUGCAGAAAAUUGUUGCAGUGGGAGCUGUUUGAAGCUCGGAUCCCGAUCGACGUCUUGUCGUAGUUGUUGGCGCUGCAUACGUAUCUACCAUGCAAUCCUGGUCGAAUCGUUCCCCUGGAAGAAUGUAGAAGACUUCCCAGUCUUCGUCGAUGAUUUCUCCAAGAACCUUGUCGAGCUGGGCUGCACGAGUCAGAAUCUCCCGGAUGAUAUCAGAGAGCCGUCGGUUGAAAUCUUUCUUGUUCAAUCUGCCCGUGGCGACGAAUAGGAUGGAAAGGAUCGAAUUGAAGAUGUGGUUUCCGGUGAUUUGAUCCAUGGCUGCAUAUGAAGCGUAUUUGGAUUGGGCCUUUGUCAAGGCUUUCCAUCGCCCUGCAAUUGACUGUCUUUCGACUGGGAAAGUUUGGAAAGAAUGGGAUUAUAGGUGAGCGUUAACAAACAACUUGAAGCAUCUCUCGGCACGGACGCACCAUUCUUGCGAAUGGACUUGUAGGUCUCCUCGAACACUCCGGAGGUGUCGGGAUUGAUCGACCAAGAAUUCAACAUAUAUUGCAGGUCACGCAAUAUUACUGUUUGGAGUGUGUUUUGAACAAUCGUUCGAAAGGCGUCGGAGGAACGAUUCGACUUCAGAAGAAUAUUAACCACCUCAUCUCCUACCAUCAUCUUGGCUCUUGCGAGAAAGUCUUGGCCUUCCGUGAAGUGGCCUUUGUCGUUGCAAAGUGUGAGGUCGACAGCGUCUGUGAUGUAUGCUGCUGCUUGCAGGACCUCCGUGUUCAGUUCCUCGACGAGGUCGAUCAGUUCGCGUCCUGAAUACGACCGUACGGCGCUCAAAUACGUCUGUGAACAUUGGAGUUCCCUUGUUCGCUGCUCCAGAAGCUGCCGAUCAGCUGCAUGUUGCCCCUCCUUCGCUUCGAGUUGCAUCCUGAGAUGGCCAUUCUCGCGCUCGUUCGCGUUCAACUUGUUAUUGAGCUUUUCGGUCUCGAUCUCGUAAUUCUCCAAUCGGUCCUUCAAAUGUUUGUUCUUCUCCUUCAGUUUUUCGACAAUCUCUCUGGUCGGCACCUUUUCGAUCUGUCCGGCGGUGCUAUUGGGGGUCCUCUUUGUUGUUUCGUGAUUCUCUUUGGACCGAUGCUGGUGUUGUUGAACUGUCUCCUUAGACUGUUCACCAGAUGAAAUCUGGGACGGAAAGCCGAUCGCUUUCAGAUCGCCUUGACGAGGGUUCUCCCUAUCGUGUACCCCUACUGAUUUUCCCUCAAUCAAGGAUCGAUGAGCGGGGUUUUUCAUACCUUGAUAGCGAUAUUCACUGUUGACACUGUGGGAUGUGUCAUUUCGACAAUAUAUGGUUGUUCCUGCGGUGUUAUCUUCGAGACGUGUCGUUCUCGCAAGGUCGUCAAUUUCUGCUCCCUCCCUCUAGUGGCUUUCUGUCACUGCGUAUGACGGGGUUCGACAUUUCGUCGUUGCCUUGUGCUGUCGUAGGGCUGAGGAAUUGAGGGAGGAAAGAUGUAAUUGUAGGAAGCAAAGACAUCGCCUCAAACCCUCCUUGGGUCCUCUCUUUUCAUACACUCGGCUUCCAUUACAUAUUGGACCUACAACGUGCUGUCCUCGUGGGCAGAAAUUAGCUCUCGAUGGUUUCAUCGUAGUAAUAGGAUCUACCUUUUGAAUACUGACUACCUUUUACCUCAAACUCUGCGCAGCAGAGGAUCAGGAUGUGACUCGAAUUCAGGAUUCUGGACCAUCUCAAACUCAACAGCUUUUAAACCCGCAUAUUCUUUCAAACUUCUCUCUUCAAACUUUUUCUUUCCCCUCAAUAUGAAUCAUCUGCGAAACCCCUACGGCGGUCCAAACCGCAAACUCGUCCUUGCUUUCGACGUUGGGACAACAUACAGUGGCAUCUCCUACAGUAUUCUAGAACCUGGACUUGAACCUAAAGUUGAGCCAGUUACGCGCUUUCCGGGACAGGACCAUGUCGGAGGUGAUGCUAAGAUACCGUCUAUUAUCUACUAUGACCGUGAAGGUCGCGUGAAGGCUGUCGGCGCGGAAGCGUCCCAAGAGCAUGUUCAAGAGGAGGCCAGAGAAAACAACUGGUUUCUGUCGAAAUGGUUCAAGCUCCAUCUGAGACCUAAGAGCACAAUCACAGAUGCUUCCAAAACUAAGGCAUCGAACCGUAUCCCUUCUUUACCCGCAAGCAAAUCUGCAGAGGAUGUCUUCGCUGAUUUCCUCGAGUACCUCUUUUAUUGUGCGAAGAAGUACAUCAUCGAAAUCAUUCCUGAUUCCUCUUUUUGGUCCUCGGUUGAGGAAAGUAUCGACUUUGUCCUUUCUCAUCCCAAUGGAUGGGAAGGAGCGCAGCAGUUCAGCAUGCGUCGUGCCGCUAUCGAGGCUGGACUCAUCCCAGAUACUCGUGAAGGGCAAGCUCGAGUUACAUUCGUUACGGAGGGAGAGGCAUGUCUCCAUUUCUGCAUUCACAAUCGCCUGUCUGUUUCGCCAUGCGAUAGUGUGUUGAUAGUUGACGCUGGAGGGGGAACAAUUGAUCUGAGCACGUACACUGUGCAUUCCGGUAAAACAAGUCCAGCCGACAAAAUGAACUUGGAGGAGAUUACAGCUCCGCAGUGCGUGUUCGCUGGGUCUAUCUUCGUCAAUAAUCGGGCCCGGAAGUACUUCGAAGAAAAACUCUCCGGAACACGAUUUUUUGACGACAUAGACCAAAUUAUCGACGAAUUUGACAAGAAGGCCAAAUUACGAUUCAAAAGUCCAAACCAAGCGACUUAUAUCAAGUUUGGAAGCUUUCGCGAUAAUGAUCCAUCAUUGAAUAUACGUAGCGGUCAAAUGGCUCUUCCAGGCACCGUUAUCGAGGAGUUCUUUGAACCCUCACUGAUGUCUCUGAUUGACGCCAUCGAACAGGCUCUCAGUGCCACCGGAAACCAACCCAUCAAAUCAAUGUUCUUAGUAGGGGGAUUCUCUGGGAGUGAAUGGCUAUUUUCGAAACUGGUACAUUUCGGAAGCCAGUAUAGUAUCAAUGUCUGUCGCCCGAAGAGCAACCUAAACAAAGCUACUGCCGAUGGCGCGGUCUCUUUUUACCUCGAUCAUUUUGUGUCAGUACGGGUUGCGCGAUGGUCCUACGGAAUCCAAUGUACAACCGAAUUCGACGCCCAAAACACUGAACAUCUCUAUCGUGAACAUCUAGUUACGACCGAACCAUCUGGCACCCGCGUCGUCCCACAUGUCUUUUCUUGCAUCCUUCAAAAGCAUACCAGGGUCUCUGAGACCAAGGAAUUCCGGACAACAUAUACUCGGGAAAGCCGUAUGCAAGCUGCCUUGCGAAGUCUUCCGGUCGAAAUAUUGUCUUACCGAGGAGAUGCUAUCAAGCCGAUGUGGACCGAUGUGAAUCCAGAUUGUUACCAACCGCUGUGCAAGGUCAAGGCAAAUAUGCGUCAGAUAUCAAAGACGCUCCCCCGCCUCUACGGACCCAAUGGGAUUUACUUCCGCCUGAAGUUUGACGUUGUCCUUUUGUUCGGUCUCACCGAACUCAAAGCGCAGCUUGCCUGGAAAGAGAACGGAGUUGAGAAAAGAUGCCCAGCAGAAAUUGUCUACGAUAUAGAGUAGGCACCAAUCUUGACGAACGUUAACACAUGAUAGAUGUGAAAUGCUUCGUAGUACAGUU